AUGGUUCAAAGCACCCGCAGAGUCUCUCACCUCUGUAAACGGGUCCAUCGCUCCAGGCCUCACGUUCGGGAGACGAGACGGUGGGUCCGGUGGUUCAAAUUCAGGAGAAGGAAAGAAAGGGAAAAAAGGCCAAGAUCUGACCAGAAGGCAGUGACGAGAAGGAUCAGACAAAAGUUCUCCGCCUCAGAAAAGCUUCACUGGCCUGAGCAUGAACUUGCUAAGAAGUCUGUUCUAAAUGCAGAAGAGGCAUUGAUCAUUGACAGCAAAAGAAGCUUUUCAAGUUUGUCCUCUGGAGUGCUCAAGGACACUUUUACAACUGGAACCAGUAGUUACAAUGUGCUACUACAAAGCAAGGAGGAGAGAAAGCACCAUUCACAAAAGCAAUUUUCCUCUGCCUUCUCCAAAAGACGUAGAAAGCCCAGCAAAUCUCCUAGUUCCUCUCAUAGCAAAGAUUCUCACAGGAUGACAGCCCUGGUGCCUGUGACCAACAGUGGUACUUGGUACUGCCUGGACAGGCAGUCUGCUGUUUUUGUCCCUAGUCCAGUACCAAGUCCUGUAAAGUUUACCCGUGGUGUCUCUGUUACAGGGAGCGGCCUAGCACUGCCACCUAAACCGAAAAGCAAGGUGAGCCGCCGCAGUGUCACCCCCGUCCCAAAGCCCAAGCAGCAGCAGCCUCCGCUGUGUAGAAGCUUUGAGAAGGGAGACGAGCUUUCUGGGAAGAAGCUCUGUAUCCUUACUGCCAUAAAGCCCACCAACCUGGAGAAAGAAAAGCUGCGGUUCUUCAAGUCGGACUAUACUUACAACCCUCAGUUUGAAUAUGCCAACCCUGCUCUGCCUGGUGUGUUAGCCAAACACAGCAACGCCUCUGACCGAUUUCUUAAGCAGAUUGUAGUUCAUCUCACUGAAGACCUGCUUUCCAGGGCAUCCAUGACAGUAGUAAAUGGAUGCCCAACUCUAACCAUCAAUAUUUCUACUGCGCGAGAGCACUGGCUGGAGGGGAUGCUGCGGCACGAGAUUGGCACACAUUACUUUCGGGGAAUUAACAACCUCCAGCAGCCAUGGAACAGUUGGAUUGGCCGCAAAAAACAUGAGCUAAAGCCAAACAACCCUACAGAGGAAGGGCUGGCCAGCAUUCAUAGCGUCCUGUUCAGAAAAGACCCCUUCCUAUGGAGGGCUGCCCUCCUUUACUAUACAGUGUAUCAAGCCAGCCAGAUGUCUUUUUGUGAACUCUUCAAAGAUAUUGGCAAGUUUGUCAAGGACCCUAAUACAAGAUGGGAUUACUGUGUAAGAGCCAAGAGAGGGUGGACUGAUACUUCCCAGCCAGGGUGUUUCAGUAAAGACCAGGUGUACUUGGAUGGAAUCCUUCAAAUACUUCGAUUCAGAGAGUCCAUAGACUUUCAUCUGCUGACUGCCCUGGGCAAGGUAUCGUAUGAAGAUGUGGAUCGCUUAAAAGGGCUGGCAGUUACUGAGAACAUGAGAGUCCCCCACUUCCUGCAAGACCACAGCCGCUACAUGGAGCACUUGGAGAGGAUCAUGGAGGUGAAUGAGCUGACUGAUGCUGAGCUGAAAGACCUCAUCUAA